CCGAGCCCUGAGUCGCAGCCUCCGGCAUGUCCGGGCAGUGAUCCCUUAGACUCCGACGUGUUGUGUCAGUGCACCGCUCCGUUCGCGUCGUACCUCGAAAGAUGGCGGUCGUGGUGCGGAUCGGCAUGUUGCGGCAGUAUCUAGCCUCCAUUUUGGUGAACCUACUCGGUGUUGGCUACGGUACGGUGAGUGGUUGGAGUUCGGCGGCAUUACCACUGCUCGAGUCGGCCGACCAGAGCCCACUGGCCGACCAUGGUCCGAUCAGCCCGGAGGAAUCCUCCUGGAUCGGUGGAGCGCUCUGCAUCGGUGGUAUCGUCGGUACGUUCGUGGGUGGGCUGCUGGUCGAUCGGAUUGGGCGCAAGUGGACGGCCUGGUUGGCCGGAUUUCCGCUUGUUGCUGCCUGGACGUUGGUCCUGCUGGCGGAUCACCCCGGGUAUCUGAUGGGAACACGGUUCCUGGGUGGUCUGGCCGGUGGCAUCCAGUACGUGGCGAUACCACUGUACGUCCCGGAGCUGGCCGAAACAAGUAACCGUGGCGCUCUCGGCUCGCUGCUUGUCCUUUCCUGCUGUGUCGGGGUCGAGCUGGCGUACCUGGCCGGCGCUUUCCUGCCCUACCGUACCAUCGCUUGGGUUUGCCUCGCCGUACCGCUCAUCUUUCUACUUACCUUCUACUUUAUGCCCGAAUCACCGCACUAUCUGGCCAGCCGCCGGCGUUACCAGGCAGCAGAACGGUCGCUCCGGUUUUACCGGACCAUUCGCACCGGAACGGUCGUCACGAUGUCGGCCGAGUUCGAGGAAGAGUUGAGCAGAUUCCAACCGGCCGGUGGCAAACUGAAGUACCCCGCCGAAAGGACUACCAACCAGCAUCCGGACCAGCACCAGACACCAGGAGCGACACCACGACGACUCCGAUGGACAGAUUUCAAUACCAAUCAUGCCCGGCGCGCCUUCCUGAUCUGCCUGUUCUUCAUGACGCUCAACCAGUUCUGCGGUUGCUUCUAUAUGAUGAACUAUGCCGGAUCGGUUUUCGCCGGUUCGGGUGCCGGUCCGGGCGACGGGCCGGGCCUCUCCGCCAACCAGUCGGUGAUCGUCGUCGGACUGAUUCAACUUUGCGGCUGCUACGCGUCGACGCUGCUGGUCGAUCGGUUGGGACGUAAGCUUCUGUUGGUCAUCUCGUCGCUCGGUGUGGCCAUCGGUCAGUCGGUGUUUGCUGGCUACUGCUACGGGCAGACGUUGGGCUACGAUUUGAGCAUGGUCCGUUGGUUGCCGCUGGUGUGCUUUUCGGCUGUAACCUUCGUCGGUUCGUUGGGCGUUUUGUCACUACCGUUCGUGAUCCUGGGUGAAAUCAUGCCACAGCAGAUCAAAGGAUUUGCCACCACGUUCUGUAUGGCCUUCAAUUGGACGCUAGCAUUCCUAGCCCUCAAGUAUUUCGGCAGCAUCGGAAUUGUGUUCGGCAUGCAUGUAAUGCUGUCAAUGUUUGCCAUCAGCUCACUGAUCGGAGCCAUCUUCACGCUGCUGGUGCUACCGGAGACAAAGGGCAAAAGCUUCGAACAGAUCCAGCAACUGAUGGAACGAUGAUAGCCGCCUGCAGCCUGCCAAACGCUUCAAUUGAAGGUUGCGACGCUCCAUCUUCCCAUUCAUUCAUAAAUAAAGCAAAAAACCCGGAAAAAAGAAUCAAAAAAGACUUCAGACAGAACCAAAAAACAAAAAAGGGAGAAAGCGUUUCCAGACAAGCUUUCAGAGGGGAGCAA